UGGCAAGAUGUUCAUUUCAAUGAGUUGCCUUUUGUUUGUGGACCAUCACACUGGAAAGGCAAACUUUAGAAUGGUGAUGUGACUCGCUUGUUCAUGCUGUUUGUUUAAUUUUCGACAUAAACUCUUUAAUAUUUGUCCGGCGACGCAACUUCAUUCACCAAAACGCACUAAAUCAUGCUUGCUGCUGCAAAGGUUGCAGCCAUCCGGAAAAUAACUGCGCGCACGCCAGUCUCAUCCUUAAAAUCGUACAGAGCUGGUCUUGCUACUCUUUCCACAAGUGAGACAUGGAAGCCUGGAAAAACACUGUGUGGAUAUAAAGUGCUCGAGACUCGACACAUUAAGGAGCUGGAACUCGACGCUAUUCGGCUAAGGCAUGAGAAAACAGGAGCAGAGCAUCUUCAUAUCUCCCGAGAUGAUUCCAACAACGUCUUUGGCAUCGGAUUUGCCACGCCUCCAGAAAAUAGCACGGGUGUUCCCCAUAUUCUCGAACAUACGACACUCUGUGGCAGUCGAUCUUUUCCAGUGAGAGACCCGUUCUUCAAGAUGUUGAAUCGUAGCAUGGCUACGUUUAUGAAUGCUUUCACAGCAAGUGAUUACACUUUGUAUCCGUUUUCAACAACUAAUCCCAUUGACUAUAAGAACUUGAGGGACGUUUACAUGGACGCUGCAUUCUUUCCGCAUCUCAGGGAGCUGGAUUUCAAGCAAGAAGGAUGGAGGCUAGAACAUGAAGACCCCAAUGACAAGAGUUCCCCGAUUGUUUUCAAAGGGAUCGUGUAUAAUGAGAUGAAGGGACAGAUGGCAGAUUCAGGAUAUUUAUUUUGGUCAAAGAUGCAGCAGUUCAUGUUCCCUGGAACGACUUAUGCUAAUAACAGUGGAGGGGACCCUGCUUAUAUCACGGAUCUGACACACGAAGAACUUGUUCGAUUCCACAAAACUCACUAUCAUCCAAGUAACGCUAAAUUCUACAGUUAUGGCAAUUUUCGUUUGGAGGAUACGCUUGAGGCUAUCAAUUCAAAGCUACAUGAAUUUUCUCCAAUCACGCCUCCAGUCGUCGAUAAAGUCGUCAAGCCUUUCGAGAGCCCUCGGCGAAUCAAUCUAACCUGCCCUGUCGAUCCUAUGACGCCCCCUGAAAAGCAAGCCAAGAUGUCAGUUUCUUUUCUUGCAAAUAAGGCUACUGAUACUUUUGAAGGGUUUGGCCUCAGAAUCCUUUCAGAUUUACUUACAGAUGGCCAUGCCUCACCAAUGUACAAAGCUCUAAUCGAGUCUGAUUUGGGGUCAGAAUACUCUUCGAACACUGGAUACGAUGGGUCAACCAUGAUGAGCUCACUGUCAUUUGGCGUUCAAGGGAUGAAAGUAGAAAAUGUGCCCAAGGUAGAACAGACCAUCAUCGCAGUCCUUGAAAAAGUCAGAGAAGAAGGCGUCGACCCCAAGCGUGUCGAAGCCAUUGUUCACCAGAUGGAGCUUGGACAGAAACAUAAAACAUCCUUUUUUGGAAUGGGUCUUAUGCAAGGACUUUCGUCUGGCUGGUUCAAUGGCUGUAAUCCAUUGGAUCUUUUAGAGCUUAAUAAGAACAUUGAUCGUUUAAAAUCCGAGAUUUCAUCUGGUCCAUUCUUCCAAAACUUGAUAAACAAGUACUUGUUGAAUAACCCACACAAACUCGUAUUCACUAUGGUUCCCAGCACUGACUAUGGAGCAGAAGUCGCAGCUAACGAGAUGACGCGCCUUAUGGGCAAGACUAGUGUUCUAACCAAGGCAGACAAGGAGGCUAUCUAUGAGCAAGGCCAGGCAUUGCUCAAGAACCAAGAAAAGAUUGAGGAUGUUUCAUGUCUUCCGACUUUAAAAGUAGAUGAUAUUUCGAAGAAGACAAAGAUCUUUUCAUUGGAACAUAGCGCCGUAAACAGCGUCCCCGUGCAAUGGAGACCCACCUCAACCAACGGUAUCACUUAUUUCCGAGGGAUCAGUGUCAUCUCAGAACUUACCCCUGACCUAAAGAAAUAUCUACCGCUUUUCGCUGAUUCUCUAACAUCUCUCGGUACGCAUAAGCGUGCAAUGAGUGAGAUUGAUGACGAGAUCAGGCUACACACAGGUGGAGUCCGUGUUGCGCCUUUCCUUUCCACGAAUCAUUCUACAAUUGACAGGACUGAAGAGGGCCUGUCCUUCAGCUCUUAUUGCUUGGACAGGAAUCAAGAUCGUAUGUACGAUCUUAUGGGCGCGCUCAUUAGCGAAACAAACUUUGACAAUACCGACAAGCUCAGAACUUUGAUUAAAGGGAAUGCUUCGGCUCUCUCCAAUUCCGUUGCAGACUCUGGACAUGCAUUUGCUAGAACCAAUGCUGGUUCGCGCUUGACACCUGCUGGCUAUGCUUCUGAGAUUUAUGGUGGUAUGACUCAGGUUCAAUUCAUGAAUUCGCUUGCGCAAAUGGAUGACCUCACUGAAGUAUCGCAACGUUUAAAGGAGAUUGCUAACGUGGCAAUCAAGCGUUCCAGCCUAAGACUUGCCGUUACCUGUGGAGAUGAUCAAAUGUCGAGCAAUGAGAAAGUUAUCGGACAAUUUAUUUCACGUCUUGAUGCUAGCCCUGUAAAAUCUUUUUCCCAGCUUGAAUUCUCGCCAUCGUAUGAAAAUUCCUUCUUUGGAUUACCAUAUGGUAUCAACUUCACUGCAAAAUGCCUGCGCGGUGUACAUUACACACAUGAGGAUGGGGCAAAGCUUCAGAUCCUUGCUUCACUCAUGUCGAACUUGUUCCUGCAUCGUGAGAUUCGUGAAAAGAAUGGUGCCUAUGGUGGUGGGGCCGGCUACUCUUCUACAGGCGGUCUAUUCUCAUUCUAUUCUUAUCGUGAUCCUAGCCCCAAGAAGACGCUAAGCACUUACGAAGACUCUGUUCGUUGGGUGCUGGAUCGUAAGGACUUUUCUGAUCAAGAGAUGGCAGAAGCAAAGCUAUCAAUCUUCCAACGCAUGGAUACCCCUGUCAGUGCAGCUGAAGAAGGAAUGAUUAUAUUUUCGGAGGGUAUCACAGAUGAAAUGCGUCAAAACCGUCGUGAACAGCUUCUCAAAGUUACAAGCGAUGAUGUCAAGGAGGUGGCUAACCGCUAUCUACUCAACCAGCCAUCGAGCCAUUGCAUCCUUGGUGACGAAGAAUAAUUUUUUCACUCGUUUUUCUUUCAGAUAGAAUGCAAUAAAGCAUCAAACCGCGGCACGGCACGGACAUUAAACUAGCGAAAAUACACGCGUGUAUCCGAUUUUAAAAUAAAAAGAUCAG